AACGCUCCGCCCGCUCUCACAGAGGAUAUUGACUUUCCCGCAAGUUAAAGCAUUUAAAUGUAGAGGGAGGCAGAUGCUGCUGGCGACCGCAAAAAGGAGCGCGCGUGUGGGUGGAAGGCUGGGGACGCAGGGACUUCUCAAUCUGCGCCUAUAGACAGACAAACAGCCGAGGCAUCUUUGUUCGCCACUUUUUUAAAGAGAUGCGCGCAUCCUCUUUCCUCACACUCCGCACUCUUCUGGGACAAAAACUGUUCACCCAAAUCUAAAACCCAUCACCCUCCAAGAUCAGUAAAGAGGGAUUCAUUUCUACUUGGAAAAGUCUUGUUGAAUAACUGAAUGACAGAAGUGGAUUUGAUGGAGGAGCUGGGGUGACUGACGCUCUUUGCAGGACUUCUGUUUUUUUUGGAUGAAAACAUUUUCUCCUCUCUGUGGAGUGGACCAGCGUUGGAACUCUGAAUGUUCUGGACCGCUUAAAUGUCAUGGGUUUGGUUGUCAGUGCCCAUAACGCAGGUUAAUUCAAACUAAACCCCCCAAACACUCAUCUGCAGGAUUUUUAUUUCUGAGGGCUUCCAGCGCCGAAUCAGAGGAGUAUUCAUGAAGCAAUAUUUGAACUAUUACAGGAUGAGGCUGAGAGCAUCGAGGUUAGGUUAUCUGUUACUUCAAUUCGCGGCUCUUUGCUUUUACGCACAGGACACUGUGCAGUCAAGUCCUAAUUUCAAGCAGCAUGUAACGGAGCAAAGCCGGCUGUCGGACCGUAUGAGCCGCAGACUAACCAGAACCUACCAGCUGUACAGUAGAACCAGCGGGAAGCACGUCCAGGUCCUGGCCAACAAGCGGGUCAACGCCAACGGGGAGGACGGGGCGGUGCAUGCUAAGCUGGAGGUGGAGACAGAUUCCUUUGGGAGUCGAGUUCGUAUCAAAGGAGUGAAGACGGGAUACUAUAUAUGCAUGACCGAGAGAGGGAAGCUGAUUGGCAAGCGAAAAGGACGAGGGAAGGACUGCAUCUUCACAGAGAUUGUCUUGGAAAACAACUACACAGCGCUUCAGAAUGCCAAAUACGAGGGCUGGUACAUGGCGUUCACACGCAAGGGUCGUCCAAGGAAGGCCUCCAAGACCAAGCAGCACCAGAGAGAAGCCCACUUCAUGAAGCGUCUACCUAGGGGACACUUACUAAGCGAUAGGAGGCCCUUCGAUGUCCUCCCGCUGCCUGUCCCCGGGCAGCCUUACAGCAGGCGGAAUAAACAUUCCCAUCAGCAGUGCUCCAGGGGACGCUGAAGAAGAACCACCCAGAGGAUCAAUUUUAGGAAAAAGCAGAGGUUGAACUCAAGUGACCACACACUUUCUUACGAUUUGCCUCAUUUCUGGACUUCUUAU